AUGGAGGGGGACAACCAGAAUCCCGAGGUUCAGAUACGGAGAGGAACAGAUGGAUUCAAAUGUCUCCGCUGUCAGCACUGUGACAAAUCCUUCACAACAUCCGGAUAUUUAAAGAUUCAUCAGAGACUUCACACUGGAGAGAAACCGCACAGGUGUGACCAGUGUGGGAAAACCUUCCCUAGAUCAGAUCAAUUAAAAAUACACCACCGUGUUCACACUGGAGAGAAACCAUACAGCUGUGACCAAUGUGAAAAAGGUUUCACCACAUCAAAUCAACUACAAAUCCACCAAUGUGUUCACACUGGAGAGAAACCGUACAGCUGUGACCAGUGUGGGAAAACCUUCACCACAUCAGAUCAACUAAAAAUACACCACUAUUUUCACACUGGAGAGAAACCGUAUGGAUGUGAGCAUUGUGGGAAAGCUUUCACUACAUCAGAUCAACUAGAAAUACACCAACGUGUUCACACUGGAGAGAAACCUCACAGCUGUGAUCGGUGUGGGAAAACUUUCACUACAUCAGAUCAACUAAAAUUACACUACCGCAUUCACACUGGGGAGAAACCACACUGGUGUGAACAGUGUGGGAAAACCUUCGCUCAGUCAGGUAACCUAGUGAAGCAUAGACGAGUUCACACUGGAGAGAAACCAUUCAGCUGUGACCAAUGUGGGAAAUCUUUCACUCAGUCUGGUGACCUUGUGAAGCAUAGGCGUGUUCAUACUGGAGAGAAACCAUACUGGUGUGAACAGUGUGGGAAAACCUUUCCUCAUGGUAGUAACCUUAAACGCCACCAACACUGUCACACUGUGCCCUGAUAGGUGUUUUAUAUGUAGACUUCAGUGACUUUAUAUCAUAAAGUUAUGUCAAGACCCCCCCCAAAUCCUGCAAUUGUCACAAACAAUAAGGCCACGCCUCCCCUCUGCUGGAGGGAGGGUCCUGAUAAACUAAUAUCCUCUUUAAUUAAAUGUUUAAUAAUUGUUUAUGAAAUCUCUGUCGUCAUGUAGUCUGGUUUUGUUCCACCUCAAAUGUACCUUUUCUGCUGUACCACAUUAUUCUAAACUCAACAUUGAGUUGUGACCACUGUUCAACCAGCACUGCCACAGAUUUUUUAACUAUCUGGUAACCUGUUUUUCUCUAUUAAUCGCUUUGUAAAUAAAAUUUUAAUAAUAUUCCCAUCACUUUUGACAAAAGUCCAAGGUGAUGUCAUCAAAUUGAUUGUUUUAUCAACCAUAAGUUCAAACCUGAAAAGAAUUCAGUUUAUUAUCAAAUCUUCAUCACCGAGCAGCUGAAACCACAGCUACGUUGCUCUAUUUGCUUUUAAAAUGACUUUUUUGGAUAAUCCAAACAAUGUAUUAAUAUUUUAUCAAUCGACUGAUCGAUAAAUUGUUUCACCUCUGCUUUAGUAUCCCGACAGCCUUCUUCAGCCAAAAGAUCAGGCUUAGUUAUCAACACAUAUCCUCAGUAUGAAUCUUGAGUCACCUUUGGACUAGAGUCAUGUGAUGACAACUGAGGAAGUUCAGUUUGCUUAAGAAGGCCAUGGGAUGUGGUCAAAAGCUCCGACAAAGAGGUAGUAUGUGAGGCUUGUUUGUUAAACUAUUGUUCGUGUGCUUCAUAUAUAUUUGUAUUCAUACAUGACUUCAUGUGUAGGAUUUCAUUAAAUAAUUUGUAUUAUUCAUCUAUUUUCUACUGAAUGUGUGUUUGUUCAGACUGAAAGCUCUCUGUGCCCUCUCUGUGAUUUUACUCACAAAAAAUAUAACAGCUAAAAUCGUUCUAGGUGAUAUAUGCCCAGUGUUAAAAGAUGUAAUAAAAAACUACUGAUGAUCUGAUCUGCAAUUCUUCAAUGCUUUUUGAUGUUAUCUUGGGUCUUAUAAUUAUUAAUUAUUUGGCCUAGUUAAAAUGGUUGUGGUUGA